AUGUUUGAAAAUCAACCUCCCGCAUGUGAUGAAGGGGAUCGAGCUUGCUUGGAGGAAGAGGAAGAUGAAGCAUCCUUGCGGUGGGUGGGUUUCGGGAUGUUUUCCCGAUCAAGUGGCGGCGGUGUGAGGAGGAGGAGGAAGAAGAAGCCGUUGAUACCUUUGAUUGGAGGCUCCUGCCUUCAGAGUUUGGGUUCCGCGUUUGCUAAACACGACAGAGUUUCUGCCAGGAACAAGGUGCGGAACUGGAGAAAUGUUCUGACGGGACGGGAGUCACGAACCUAUCCGAAUUCACCUCUACUCAUUACAGGAACGACUCCGACAUGA